UAUGAAUAGCAGGGUAAUGUUCUAUGGCAAUACUGCAAUAGUGUAUUAUAAGUGUAGGUUUACUCAUACUAAUUUGUUUUUUUUUUACGGUUUUCAUGCGUUUCGGCUCUGUCUGUUUAUUUAUCAAUACAAAAAAGUGAAAAUAAUGAAAUAACUAUUGAUUAACACUCUUAAAAAAACAUUAUAGUUAAACGUUAUUAUUCUUAUUAAGUGCGUUCAAUUUUGUUCUAUUCGCCCGACGCCGGACGUCCAAAUUAUUUAUACUUACCUAUUUGGACAUGUUUCGAUCAAAGGACAGCAGUUCGUGAUUAACAGCGAAUCAAAAAAUAACAUCCAAAGUACGCGCGAGGUACUUACAUGUUUUUAGCUUCAUUUGUAUAUAACUAGAUUUAAAUUAAAAUACAAAAUAAGAAAUGGACAACAUUAGGAAGUUCGCCGAAUCCUGGGUUGUUUCGAUUUUCAAAUUAUUGUUUGUUUUCUGACAACUCGUGUUAAAUACCAAACAAUUAAUUUGGUUUGCAUUAGUUCAGUUCUCAUGUGUCUCAAUACCAAAGACUUGAUUAAAUACACUCAUGAUUAUUUGUUAACUUUACAUGGCAGAAAACACCUCCAUUUCCAAUAACAGUGGUAUUGUGGAAUUUAACCACCAUUUAGUCACUGAUCAAGAAACAAGGAUGAGUGGAUCUGGUGGAUCAAAUAGUGGUGGAACAUCAAUUGGUAAUCCAACUGCUAGUGUUGGCACUGUCAGUGUUUUAUUACCAAGUGGUGGUGGGACAAAGCGAAGAAGUGCUGUAGGCAGUAAUAGCUCUCACAAUGGUGGAUCUGCUUCAAAUUCUGCAUCUAUAUCAGCUGAUUUAGCGUCACUUUUUGAAUGCCCUGUUUGUUUUGAUUAUGUGUUACCUCCAAUAUUGCAAUGCCAAAGCGGACAUUUAGUUUGUAGUACAUGUCGACCAAAACUCAAUUGUUGUCCAACAUGCCGUGGUCCACUUGGAAACAUACGCAAUUUAGCCAUGGAAAAAGUAGCUUCAACAGUCAUGUUUCCUUGUAAAUAUUCGUCUUCGGGUUGCCCUGUAUCAUUAUUACAUUCUGAAAAGGUCGAACAUGAAGAAUUAUGUGAAUGUCGCCCAUACACUUGUCCAUGUCCAGGUGCUUCGUGUAAAUGGCAAGGUGGGUUGGAACAAGUCAUGGAACACUUAAUGGUUGCACAUAAAUCUAUAACAACUUUACAAGGAGAAGAUAUAGUAUUUUUAGCAACAGACAUAAAUCUGCCUGGUGCAGUGGAUUGGGUCAUGAUGCAAUCAUGUUUUGGCCAUCAUUUUAUGCUUGUUCUUGAGAAGCAAGAAAAAUAUGAAGGACACCAACAGUUCUUUGCUAUUGUUCAAUUGAUUGGCAGCCGAAAACAAUGUGAAAAUUUUGCUUACAGACUAGAACUUAAUGGACAUCGAAGACGUUUAGCAUGGGAAGCUACACCAAGAAGUAUACAUGAAGGAGUUUCAACAGCAAUUUUAAAUUCAGACUGCUUGGUGUUCGAUACAAGUACAGCACAACUCUUUGCGGAUAAUGGAAAUUUAGGAAUUAAUGUUACAAUAUCAACAAAUGUGUAAAGCACAUAAAUAUUUGUGUGGAUUAGUAUCCAUGAAAAAUAACAAAUUUUUUACUAUCAUGACUUAUUCCUAACCAACUAAUUCAAAUAUGGGCGUAAAUAAAACAGAAAUUAAUCAACUGUGCAUUCUGUGAAGAUAACUAAUGUAUGAAUCAAUUUAUGGUGAGAAUGAGUACAUGUUUCUGAUAAUUCAAAAAAAAAAACAAUACUUGUAUCAUUUAGUUGAUAACAUUUGUUAAGUAUUUAGCUUGGAAAUAUAAUUUAAAGAUAUUUAUUUUUAUCACUGAGUAUCUUAAUUUGUUAAUAAGACUUGAUUACAUGCAUAUAUCUCACAUAUACUUGUAACUACAAAAAUAAUAUUUGUUUCAAUUAUGAAUCUUGUUUAUAUUUCUGUGAGUUUUAAUAUUCACUUAUAUUUGUUGUUUAUUUAAAAUAACUAUUUACAUUAAAAAAAAGAUAUCUAGGUCUAUUAUUAAUAUUAUUUAUUAUUAUACCUAUAUUAAAAAAUAAUAAUAAUAAUAAGUCAAAACUAAAUAAUUAAAUCAGUCUAAAUUCUAAAUGUAUUUCCUUUUUUUGCAUGUAUUUAAAUGUUUAUUCAUUAACAUAAAUAUAACAUUAAGUUUCAAUGAUGUGUGUAAGAUAUAUGUUAACUAAUUUUGUUCAUCACUUGUGUAGGUACUCGCCGUAUUAUGACUUGUGAGUUGCAAAAAAUAUAUAUAGAUAAUUCAAUGAUGAAUUAAUAAUUUUGUUUUUAUUCUAUUUUGUAUAAUAUUGUAAAUACAUAAUGUAGGUAUAAUUUACAAAUUAAAAAAAUAAUAACUUGUUUCAUAUAUUUUCAAAAUAACUUAUGAAACAUAUCAUUAAAUAGACUAAAAAUAUUGAAUUAAUUUAUUCUUUUAAUAAUUCAAUGUGUCUCAAAUGUACAAAUCACUUUAUGUUUGGUUGAAAUGAUGUUGAAUUGUGUUUCUCACUUAUAAAUACUGAAAAAAUAACGAUAUUUUUUCUUAAAAAAUGUAGACAACUUUACAAUUAAUAGAGAUAUUAUGUGAAAAUUAGUACCUAGUAAUGUUAGUUUUAAUACAAUUAUUAAUUUUCAUGUAAUGUAAUUUAGUUUUCUAAACUUGAAUGUAUUUAAUAAAUUGUUAGGUACCAAAGUAGGAUUUUCAUUAUUUUGUUGUUUUUUUUUUUAUUUAUUACCUACCCAUUUGUGUUCAUUUUAUACGCUAUUUUAUUCAGGGGUAGAUUUAAUACAUCAUGUCCAAAAGAACUUAAAGCUAUCUCUCUAGACCUUAAUAUGGCUGACUUAUAAUACAGAUAUAUAGGUGGUAUAUAAUAUAUAAAAAAUAUAGAUUAUAUACAAUAUUAUGUUUGUAAUCCCUUAAACAUGUGCAUCGCAGGCAAUUGUUUAGUAUGUUAUGUAUCCACCCCUGAGUUCUUCUUUAUUUAUUAUAGUUAUAGGGUCAUUAACGAAAGUGUCUAAUAUAACUUUGAAUUGUAUGUAUUAAUUUAUUAUAACUUAAUAUGAUUCAAAAUAUUUAAUAUUUUUUUUUAUUAUUAUUAUUAUUAUUAUCUUUAAAUGUAAAAAAAAAACCUUUUAAUAAAAGUACUUUAUUUAAGUGACUAAAAUAUAGUAUUUUGGUACAAUUAGAUAUUAUUUUAAUUACUUAUUAUGAAGGCAUUAUUAUAGAAUAUGUAUUUACUACCUAUUAUAAGUUAUAAUUUAUACAUAGCAAUUAUUUUUUUUAUUUAAAUAUAUGCAGACUACAAGUGUUCAAGUUUGUGUUACUUAUAAGAACCUAGUAUAUAUUAUGUCUUAAUUAUUAGAUUUUUUUUACGAACUCAGUAAUUUAUUAAUUAAUAAUUGAAAAAAAUGACUUUGUAUAAAAAAUCAUUUUAUAAGACGUAUUGUACAUGUAUAUUUAGGUUAAAGAAAUAGUCUCAAACUCUCAACAAUAACUAUAUUAUUAUAAAUCUAAAAAUGAUGAUGUGUUAAAGUGACAUCAUUUAAUUGUGCAAUGUUAUAGUUGCAGUAACUGGAUUAUUAAAUUAAAUAAAUACAAUAACUAUUUUGUUGAACAUAAAUUUAUUAUUAUUUUAAUAAAAUUGUAUGUAUUAAAAUUUAAUAUUAAAUAUAGAUUUUUUAAUUUAUUAUACAUGUAUUUAAUUAUGAUUUUUAUUAGUGAUUGUAUUAAUAGUUUAAAAAUCAAUCUGGAAAAGACAAUUAUUUGAACUGAACUCGAAAAUUUAAAGGUUUGUGUACACUACCAUUGUGGUGGUAAAACGCAGUUUAACAUAAUUGACUUGCACCGCCAAUAAAACAUUAUUUUACUACCACAGCGGCAGUGUGUGAGUGUAUGUUUGCCUUGUAAUUGUUUCAAACUUUGUACGAACAAAAUCAAUGGAAAUCACUAAAAAAAUUAAAAAGAAUUAUGAUUAUCAAGUAUAUUACUGUUUUGUCAAGUUACCAUCAUAAUACUUUUAGAUUAUUUUAGGACUUUUUUAAAAUUUGGUUUUGGUUAGAUACAAAAUUUGAA